CCUAUCGUUUCUUUUCCAACCGUUCCCAAAUCGAGUCCCGACUUCCCCCAAUCCGCAUGGCCGUCGUCCGCGACCGAAGGCUCCCUCACCUCAACCUCACUCUCGAGCUCCCCAACACCGGCGCCACCGCCGACUGCCGCCUCCGCUUCGCGCUCCCGCCCCUGCUGCCGCCAUGUUCCAUGUCUUCUGCCUUCUCCUCCGCCUCGGCCUCGGCCUCCGCCGCCACCCCGCCGUCGGCCGAGUUCCGGUUCUCGGACUUCGAGAAGAUCCGGGUUCUCGGCCACGGCAACGGGGGAACCGUCUAUAAGGUCCGCCACCGCCGCACCACCGCCUUGUACGCGCUCAAGGUGGUGAACACCGACGCUGCUGACGUCUCGCUUCGCCGCCAGGUGUACCGCGAGGUCGACAUCCUGCGCCGGGCGGUCGACUCCGACCACGUCAUCCGCUUCCACGCCGUCGUCCCCACCUCGUCCGGCGACGUCGCACUCCUCCUCGAGCACAUGGACGGCGGGUCCCUCGACGUGCUGCUCCGCCGCCGUGGCCGCCCCUUCCCCGAGCCCGCUCUCGCGGCUAUCGCCCGCCAGGCCCUCCUCGGUCUGGCCGAGCUUCAUUCCCGCCAGAUCGUCCACCGCGACAUCAAGCCGGCCAACCUCCUCAUCAACGCCGCCGGGGAGGUCAAGAUCGCCGACUUCGGGGUGGGCAAGGUGCUGCGGCGGUCGCUCGACCCCUGCGACUCCUACGUGGGCACGUGCGCUUACAUGAGCCCGGAGCGGUUCGACCCGGUGUCCCACGGCGGUGACUACGACCCCUACGCGGCCGACGUGUGGAGCCUGGGGCUGGCGGUUCUGGAGCUGCACCGCGGCCACUUCCCGCUGCUCCCGGAGGGGGCGCGCCCCGACUGGGCGGCGCUGAUGGUGGCGAUCUGCUUCGGCGAGGCCGCAUGCGCCGUCCCCGAGGGUGCGGCGUCGGGCGAGUUCCGGGGCUUCAUCGAGUGCUGCCUGCAGAAAGAGAGCGGGAAGCGGUGGUCGGUGGCGGAGCUCCUGGGCCACCCUUUCGUUGCGGGGGCUGACCGAGUCGACUCGGAGCGGGCGCUCCGUGACCUCCUCCUGGAAGGCUCGGACGAGUCGUGACUCGCCGCGCCGCCCGCUGUGUCGUUUCCCAUGUACAUAAUGGAGGCUUUCUUGGAAUUCUUUAAUCCACUUACUUGAGAGGGAGGACAUCGACUCUCCAGUGAAACGCACUGGAGACGAGUUCUUGGCUAGGAGUGGUGUUGAUGUCAUCCGCUCUGUAAAGAUGUUUGAGCUAGCAAAUCAAAGUCUUUUUUUCUUCA